UCUAUUUAAUCUCUGAAGAAGCUGAAGCUUCACUCACCAUUGUCCAUGGCUUCCUUCUUCUUCUUCUUCCCCCACACAAUGAAACUCCCCAUGUUCGCCGCCGUUUUCUUCGCCGUCCUCUCCCUUACCGCCGCCGCUUCGUGCUCUAAGCCGCUGUACGCCUGUGACUCUUCCAACUCACUCACCAAAACCCUCCCAUUCUGCAAAACCUCUCUGUCGAUCAAGAAAAGAGCCCAUGAUCUUGUCUCUCGGCUCACAUUGAACGAGAAGAUCCUCCAGCUCGUCAACACUGCUCCGGCGAUCCCCCGCCUAGGUAUCCCCGCCUAUGAGUGGUGGUCGGAGGCCCUACACGGUGUUGCCAAUCGCCAUGGCAUACGCCUCAACGGCACCAUCAAAGCCGUCACUAGCUUCCCUCAGGUUAUCCUCACCGCCGCUACCUUCGACGCCGAUCUCUGGUACCGAAUCGCAAAGGCGAUAGGAACAGAGGCGAGAGCAGUGUACAAUGUGGGGCAAGCGAAGGGGUUAACAUUUUGGGCGCCAAACAUAAACGUAUUCAGAGAUCCAAGAUGGGGAAGAGGGCAAGAAACACCAGGAGAAGAUCCAACAGUGGCAGGAGUAUACUCAGUAGCAUAUGUGAGAGGGAUUCAAGGGGACUCCAAAAAAGGAGGGAAGCUUGGGAACAGACUCAAAGCUUCGGCAUGCUGCAAGCACUUCACUGCCUACGAUCUCGACCGGUGGAACGGGAUCACUCGAUACGUAUUCGACGCCGAGGUGACGAUGCAGGAUAUGGCUGAUACAUAUCAGCCACCAUUUAAGAACUGUGUGGAGAAGGGGAGGUCGAGUGGUAUAAUGUGUGCGUACAACAAGGUGAAUGGGGUGCCCAGCUGUGCUGAUCAUCAUCUAUUGACUGCUACUGCAAGAAGAGAAUGGAAGUUUAAUGGGUACAUCGUGUCGGACUGUGAUGCAGUGUCACUGGUUCAUGAGACGCAUAAUUACGCCAAAACUCCAGAAGAUGCGGUGGCUGAUGUCCUUAGAGCUGGAAUGGACGUCAACUGUGGUUCAUAUUUGAAGGAGCACACAGAAUCUGCUGUGGAGAAGAACGUGGUAGCGGUCACCGAUAUAGACCGAGCACUCCACAACCUCUUUUCUAUUAGAAUGAGACUCGGUUUGUUCGAUGGCAACCCGACCAAACUGCCGUUUGGCCACAUCGGUCCGAACCAAGUUUGCACAAGGGAGCAUCAAAACCUGGCUCUCCAAACUGCAAGAGAUGGCAUUGUUCUCCUAAAGAACUCUGCCAAUCUCCUUCCACUUUCCAAAUCAAAAACACGCUCUCUUGCUGUUAUUGGCCACAAUGCUGAUAACCCAAUUAUGCUUAUAGGGAAUUACGCAGGAAUCCCUUGCAAAUUUGUUACCCCAUUUCAGGGUUUGAAGAGUUAUGUUAAGGAAACCAUUUACCACAAAGGCUGCAACUGGGCUAACUGUACAGAUGCUACGGUUGAUGAAGCAGUGAAGAUAGCGAAAAGUGUGGAUUACGUCGUGUUGGUUAUGGGGCUCGAUCAAACCCAAGAGCGAGAAGAUUUUGAUCGUACUCACUUGGGGCUCCCAGGAAAACAAGAAAAACUUAUUGCUGAAGUCGCUAAAGCUGCGAAAAGACCUGUCGUUUUGGUGAUUCUCUCGGGAGGCCCGGUCGAUAUAUCUUCAGCUAAGUAUAAUGAGAAGGUAGGAAGCAUAUUGUGGGCUGGUUAUCCAGGGCAAGCUGGAGGAACUGCAAUUGCAGAGAUCAUAUUUGGUGAUCACAACCCAGGAGGAAGAUUGCCAGUAACUUGGUAUCCACAAAAUUUCAUCAAGGUUCCUAUGACAGACAUGAGAAUGAGAGCAGACUCUUCAUCAGGCUACCCUGGUCGUACUUACCGCUUCUAUACAGGACCGAAAGUCUACGAAUUCGGCUACGGUCUCAGCUACUCUAACUUUCUCUAUAAAUUCACAUCAGUUUCUGAAAACAAACUAUACCUAAGCCAUCCAACAGCUACUCAGCCAGCCAAGAACUCCGACUCAGUUCGUUACACACUUGUCUCGAAGCUGGACAAGAAGUUUUGUGAGAGCAAGGCUAUGAAUGUCACGAUCGGAGUCAGAAACGAAGGGGAAAUGGCUGGUAAGCAUUCGGUAUUACUAUUCGUGAAGCCUAAAAAACCCGUAAACGGGAGUCCUUUGAAGCAAUUGGUAGGAUUCAAGAAGGUGGAGAUAAAUGCAGGAGACAGAAGUGAGGUUGAGUUUUUGUUGAACCCUUGUGAGCAUGCAAGUAAGGCUAAUGAAGAGGGAUUGAUGGUAAUCGACGAAGGGUCGUAUUCAUUGGUCGUCGGAGAUGUGGAACGUCCUUUCGAUAUCUUUGUCUGAUACAUAUUUAUUAUCAGUUGAAAUGUAGCUUUCAAGAACCUGAGUGAUUAGGGAAGUUAUUAUCUUCACUCUUGUGGCUUGAGAUGAGCAAGUGUUCAUUAUGUUCUUCACUCAAUUUUCAGAGUACUAAUAAAAACACAUUACUACCA